UUUCAAUUUAAUCCUAAUCCGUAGUCUGAUACGGGCUUUAGACUAUCUACAGAAUAAAAAAAAACUCAUAAACCACACUAUGAUGCCGAAUCUAUAUGUGUGUUGCGGUUCGAGGUUUGAGAUUCAUGUAGGUCAGUGCGGUGUUGGUCGACGUGCGUCAAAGUGGGUGUAUUAGAGUGCACGCAAAAUAUGCGAGCGACAGUCGUUGAUAGUGACGAUUAGGAUUGAUUAAAAUUUUCUUAGGAACUGAUUUAAAUGGUUGAAACUGAUUCCUGUACAAAAGAGGGCUGAAAAAGUAAUGGCGAAUGGCAAUGGAGUAAUAUCGGUGAUGAUAGUGACUGUCCGAGAUUUUUUUUAACGAAUGGCUCUGUCCGAAGUGCACAAUUUAACCGCGAUUGUCGACAACAAUGUUUUCGCCGUUAAUAAGAAGAAUAACGAGACCGAACACAGUAACAGUAUGUUGGAAGUACCACGAAAGAUUUACUCUAAGGGCAUGCAUAGUGUGGACUACAAUCAAUGGAGCUACGACUUAACAGGUUGCAGCAUGAAAAGAAAUAUGAAUAACUUUGAAGAUGAAGAUGGUCAAGACUUGAAUAAUCCAAUGGUUAACGAUUUGGUAUCAAAAAUUCUCGAUGAAGAUUCCAUUACUAGCGAUACUUGUCGCGUUAACAGCUACAACAGCGGAAAUACGCAUUACCAAGCAGAGUUCAGCACGUCUUGCUCCAAUCAAAUUGAAGAUGGCUCGGAUACUUAUCUAACCGAUUAUAUACAUCAUUUGGGAGUUCGUUAUCCAUGCGGCAAGUUAACAAACAAUAUUUACAAUAAUACCAAGAAUGAAUAUCAUCACGCGCCUACGAAUCUUUGCAACGACUUGAAAACGCUGAAUCUCGGUUCAUGUAUUGAGCAAAGCAUAGAACAGAGUAGCAAUGAAAUUACAUCAGCAUCGUAUUCAUCUGAUCCUCGAUCUCACGUUAUACAUUCGAACGAUGGAACGAUGUACACGAGCGCGAAUAUGAUGCCGUCGUGCAAUGCGUUGUCAACAACUACAACGGGCUCGAAUUACGAUAAAUCGCAAUCGAACAACUGGACGGAACCAUUCGUGACUCCCUCGAUGGGUUGCAGAGGCGACAUAAUUGGAAAUUAUUCGAGAAUCUCAAAUUGCGUCAAACCUGAUCUUAAUUUCAAUGUGACCGCUGCCGCCGCCGCGUUAAACCUGACUCACUUAGAUUCACCAAAUUGUCCCAUCAACGAGUUAGACUAUCGUAACAGUACGAGACAAAGCGCAUCAUUCAACUCGUACAGUAAUACUAUAAAUAUGCAUGAUAUGUAUAAUGUUAGCAAUAACAUUGGUUCUGGAUAUAGGCCCAAUUCGGCGAUGACUGAUCUAAGCGCCGAUUCCGGGUUUUUAUCCAACUCGCCGUUACAACCAUUCUCGCCUGCUGAUACGACAACUUUACACACUUGUUUCGGAAGCGGUAUACAAGGCAAUAGUGGCAGCGGCGACUUUGCUAGAGACGAUACCGCUAGAUUAAAUAUGACGAGUAUUAGCAUACCCAACGAGCAGAUUCAGUUCUUGCAACAGUCGCAAACUCGUAGCUACAAAUUGAUGGAUCAAGCUGUGGACCAAGAUUACAAAAACUUAAUCACGUAUUAUCCCUCUGGUACAAAUAGCUUUAUCGCAUCUUCGACGAGUAAUUUAGACACAAACGAGAACGUUUGUCUCCCUAGUGAUUGUAGAAUUGAUAAUGGCUUACUGAAGAUGAUAAAUCCAAAAUCAAAGUUUAUCGAAACCAAAACCUAUUCACCGAUAGGAUUUCCAAAGAAUCUGAGUUCGCGUAACUUGUAUCAGCCUAUCGCCAAAUAUGGUUGUCAUCAGUAUCAACAGUACACUGCCAGCAGUGGCGAUACUUUGAAGAUAUUACAAAAUUCCGCAUUUUAUCACAACGACUUGAAGCAGCCUAAACUGAACAAUGCGUACCACAAUGUGGAUGGAUUUGACAUGGCUAAGGAAAUAGCCUUUCCCUCGGCAAGUCAGUUGACCGAUCGUAUUGCGAGAUCUGUACUGGACAAGGACACUGCCUUGUCCAAUCAUAUUUUGAAACAACGACACCAUAUAUCGAAAAUACAGAGCAUUCCAACCGGGAUCCCGCCUCCUGAUAUUAUUUUUAAUUCAGGAAUGAUAUCGAGUACAAAUACUGUGAGAUCAUUUCCGUCAGCAAUGCCGGUUUCUGUUCCGGUUCAUCCUGUUCCGCGAUUAUUCUCCGCUCUUUACGGAGGCAAUCUGAAUUUUAGAAAUGGGAAUGGCUCAGCUAGAAAGACAGGUCCUUCGAGUAUAUUGCAUUUCAAUCUCGAACAAACGUACGAACAAUUUAAGCAAUUGGAGAAGGAGCGCAAGAAAUGUGAGGCUGGAUUGGCCGCGCAUUUUCCAGGAAAACGAGUAACCAGCGCAAAUAACAUACCUAUUCCACGUCUUCAGGGAAAUCCAUCAAGAGUGGAUCGCUUGAUAAUUGAUUAUUUAAGAGAACACGCCCGUGUUAUUACAUUAAUAGCAAAGAUGGAACGCUUACGCGGGACCACGAUGAAUCAACGCGUACACAAAGCUAUGGAAUAUUGGCUGGAAGCUAUUAAAUAUGUUCAAGAAUGUCGUAAGCAAGAGAUCGCGAAUGCUAUCAAACGUCAGAAAGAGAACCCUCAUUGCAUCUUAGCAUAUAAUGAUAAUGAUAUUCUGACUUUGGCUGGAAGCGUUCACGAACUGACAAAGGCGUCGCGGUACGCGCGGACCGGUAUGUAUAACGCGCUCCAAGCUACCCUACUCUAUGAUUUGGAUAUAGAGAAGAAAGUCAUCGAGACUCCCAAGGAUCCGGUUCUUGAGACACAAGUUCAUAAUGAAAGUCAAAUGAAAGACGAAACCGACGAUUAUGCAAGCAAUACCUAGCAAAUUUGCGCUGAAUUCACUCGGUAUCGCUCAUCUUGAAGUACUAAAUCGAGUCCAGCAGCUUUUUACUUACGUAUAGUAUUACGUUUUUGAAAAGCUUUUGCUGGUGUUUAUGAUUAUUUUACUGUUGAAACAAAAUGCCGCCCAUUAAAUUCGAGACUUUUACUCGCGAUACACACAAAGUAACACGCACGAAUGAACAAGAGUGAAACGGAAUUUUGGGAACGCAUGCAAUAACCUUUACAGGUUAUCGAUAACUCCAUAGUUUUCUACCGUACGUAUUUUAAUGCUUACGACAAUGUAACAUGACUUUUAGACUUCUCGAGGACACCGAUUUAGAUGCAAGAUUCGCUAAACUGCCCUUUAUCCUUCAUCGGUUUAUCUCUAUCGCGUGUAAAAUAUCUGCUUUUUAUUCGACAUUACACAAAUAAACCGAAAGCAGUAUCAAUCGUGUUUAAAUCGUUGACAACAAGAAGGAGAUUGCUCAGAUGUAUUACAUCGUUUAGAAGUGUGAUGAAAAAAAGAAUCGUUCUUCGUACAAUUUUAUUUA